AUGCCCGUCGUCUCCGAAUCUGCCACGGAAUCAAGUCAUGCAUAUACAUACGGACUCUUCUCCAACAUAUCCACGCCCUACCUAUACCUAAGCAUAUUCUUCUUUCUUUGCAUCACAAUCUUCAUACGAAGGAAUCGAAAUGCCACCGCAAAAUUACAAUAUCAUUUCCCACCUAGCCGACCCUCUACCCCUAUUCUCCUCGAAAAAUCAGAUCCGUUAAACACAUUUUCAUACGCAAACGAAAACGUAAAUUUCCACACUACCACCAACGCACCUCACCCCAAAACAACCCCCCAAUCCAGCACAACCUCCCUCGACCUCACCAACUCACCCACAUCCAUCUCAACCGCACAGCAAACCUUCUCUCGAGCCCCACCAGCACCCCCCUUCACGCCGCCCUCUCCCCUAGAAACUCUUCCCUACGCGGGAUUGAACGGGGAUAUAACCUCCACACCUAGCGAAGCGCCUUCCACCCGCCGCCGCUCCUACACCAAGGCAUCCAACCCCCAAACCAACUCUCCUGCCGUAACAGGCGAGAUCAUAUCUAGCGAUGGCUGGCGCCGCCACACGCGAGUUUUUGGGGGCGGGGUAUGUGAGGCGUGUGCGGAGAGCGAGAGGAGGAUGAGUGCGUGA